AUUGACAAAAAAUUUGGUGAGGUCACCCGCAACAAAAACAUGAAAACAUAAUAACUUAGACGCCCAAACUUCAUCAUCGCUGGGACCUCUGCCGCCAUCAGCAGAUGCCGGCGGCCGGCAAAGACGGCGUCGCUGGAGCUCCUAGAAACUUUUGGGGAGACACGCCUGCGACGGAGGAAGAGUACUACGCUUCACAGGGCAUCCAUGGUACAAAAUCUUAUUUCAGUUCCCCUCACGGCGCAUCCCUCUUCACACGAUCUUGGAUACCGCUUACGCCGCCGCGCGCCGUCGUAUUUAUGAUCCACGGUUACGGAAACGACAUCAGCUGGACCUUCCAAUCCACCCCCAUCUUCCUUGCCCGCUCCGGCUUCGCCUGCUUCGCCCUCGAUCUCCCCGGCCAAGGCCACUCCUCCGGUCUCCGCGCCUUCGUCCCCGACCUCCGCGCCGUUGCUGAUGACUGCAUCACCUUCUUCCGCUCCACCCUCUGUUCCAACCCUUCCCUUCUCGCCCUCCCAAAAUUCCUUUACGGGGAAUCCAUGGGCGGCGCUCUCUGCCUUUUAAUUCAUCUACGCCUCAAUGAUCUUCAAAAUGACGACAAUGAUUGGUCUGGCGCAAUCCUAGUGGCACCGAUGUGUAAAAUCGCGGACGAGAUGCGGCCGCGGUGGCCGAUCCCGGAGAUACUAACCCUAGUGGCGCGGUUCCUGCCGGCGCUUCCAGUUGUCCCGACGGGGGAUCUGGUGGAGAAGUCAGUGAAGGUUAAAGAGAAGCGAGCUGUGGCGAUUGCGAAUCCGAUGAGAUAUCUUGGAAAGCCGAGGUUGGGGACAGUGUUGGAGCUGCUCCGGGCGACGGAUGAGCUUUCACGGAGGCUGCCGGAGGUUAGCAUACCGUUUCUGGUGCUUCAUGGAAGCGGGGAUGUAGUAACGGAUCCGGCGGUGAGCAGAGAGCUGUACGCGACGGCAAGGAGUGAUGACAAGAGUAUUAAGAUCUACGAUGGAUUGUGGCAUUCGCUUCAGUUUGGGGAGACGGAGGAAAAUGUGGAGAUGUUCAGGAGGGAUGUGCUUAAUUGGCUUGAUCGGAGAUGUGGAAGGGGAGAUGGAGGUGAUGCUGCUACUGCUGCUUGUUCAUCUACAACAGUUGAUCAAAAUAUUUGGCACUUAAGAGUCAGUUGACCAUGAUCGAUGUCAACGUAUGAUGAAGUGGCUGAAGAAGUUGAAAGCUUUCAAAUCAUUAUUGUUCUUAUCUUUACGACUAUUGGCGAAGGAAAAGAUGGCUAAGUUUAUGGUAAUUUUACUCCAUUCUAAGGUUAGCUUACCUCAAUUUGGUCAAAUUGCUCAACAUGGCCUAUGGUAUUCUAAUAGGUUAACUUGAGUCAAAGUGAAUGAAUUGGUUACAUCAAGAGCCAAUUAGGGCCAAGUCUUUCAUAG